UCAAGUCUAAAAGUUGCCUAUAAUUUGUUUCCAAAGUUAGCCUUUAUUAAACUCUCAAUUAAUCCGCACGUAGAAACUAAUAGAUUCCGUGGACGACAACGCCAGACGAUCGGAAAACGGAAAUUCCUAAUAUGAAUUGUUCCAAAGAGUUUCCGACAACUGGCGUCCUGUAUAAAUUACUCUCGUCAGAUACAGCUGUGCUUGCCCUGACAGCUAUCACCUGUACCAUCACUUGUAUCACAAUCGGGUUGUUUGCAGAGGAAGUAUGGUUUCUGUUCCACCAUUGCCACGAGUCUUCCAAGCGGACCAAAAUUAUUUUGUUGCUGGCACUAUAUCCGAUUGUGUCAUUUGCCUCUUCGUUAUGUAUCCUGGUACCGACCUCGACUUUGAUUGGCGAGUUUGUGUCUAGUAUAUACCUGUCAUUUUGCAUCUUCAUCUUUGUAAAUUUGGCGAUAGAAUGUUUCGGAGGUCUGAACAAUAUGCUAAAUGAAUACUACGAUCAGACUAUUAGCUUCAGGACGGGGCCCUGCUGUUGUUUUUGUAUCUGGUUGCGAUACAUACCGCUCACAAGACGAACAAUGACAUUAAUCAAAGGUUUAGUGCUACAGGUAGCUAUCCUGAGACCUUUGAACAUGUUCAUAUUGGCAGUGAUGUGGUCAGAUGGCAAAUUCGAACUUAACCAACAAACCGACUUUACCAACCCAGCUGCAUAUUUCAAUCUAGUAAACACCGUGUCAACUCUUUUGGCUAUUUACGGGUUAAUGGUUACUUUCCGAGCUACCAGAGAAAAGCUGAAGACGUACCGCAUGACGCCCAGAUUUAUUUCCCUUCAAGGAGCUUUGUUGUUUAUAAAUCUCCAGAGCUUCAUUACGGGAUUUCUUGGAAGAGCAGGUAUUCCGGAAUGCUCCAAUACUAUUGGAUCCACUGUUAGAGCUUCACGAGUGAAUCAUUUCUUGUUGAUUAUGGAAAUGUUCUUGCUUGCCUUGCUGGCACGUUAUGCCUACCGUGCUGUUGAAGAAACUAUCGUAGUAAGUGAGAUGAACGGGACUAACGGAAACCAAAGAGGACCUUCAAAUGACGUCACGAAGAACGGAAACAGUGUUGCAGACACCGAAGUCGAAAUAGACAAUGUAAAUAUAGUUGUAGAUCAUGAUUCCACAACACAGUUAUCUGUCUAAACACGCUAAAGUGCUAGAAAUACAUAGUUUCAGUGUUUUUGAAAACACUCUGAAGACAAAAUGUUGUUUUCAUGCAGUCCGAGUUUUCUCUCACCUUUCAUUGUGACUUUAAAGUGAAAUGUUUCUAAGCAUCACACACUUGGUUUGAAAUGAUAUGUUUUAUCAUCUAUCACCUAGCAAUAGUGUAUCGUUCACUGUUUUAGUUACGAUAUUCAUACUUAAAAUUUUAAAACUCUUCACACAAAAGUUAAAUAACAAUUACGCAAGGAAGCAAACAAAUCUCGUUCUUUCAAUUGAACUUUAAUAACGAUUGAUUCAUUUUGGUGGUAAAAGAAAACUCGGAUGAUUGCCAUGGUGACGGUGGAAUGCAUGGUUGGUGAAGGCAACCUUUACAACUGGUCACGGUACUGACCGCUAGAUUAUACUACACAACUGAAGUCCCCGUCUUCAUGAUUUUAGAUACAAGUAUUUGCUAGAACACAUGUGUGCCCCACCCCUUCCCCCGACUCCCAGUCGUUAAAGAGUUUUGGUGGCAAUGAUGAGAACGUCAGAAUAGAGUUUACUAUUUAGUAAUGGCUAUCGUUAAGUCAUUGGUGUCUGUUUUUGUACAAUGAAGACGUUUUUUUUGUAGAUUCAGAACACCCUUUGUCACUCAUUUUUUUUUAAAAAUAGCGCAUAUAUCGGCGCUUUUGUUUGAACGAUGUUUUCACUUCCUGUCUUAAAUUCAAAAUAUAUGCUUUGCUAAACAAAAUUGUCAACAGUGUCAACAUAACUAAUAUACACAUAUGCUUUUUCAAUUUUAAGAAUUGGAGUUUCAGCUCUGCCUCUGAGUAUAUAUAGGAAGGUUCAUGGUGCGUUUCCUUUUGUUUUGGUUUUUCUUUAUCUGUUGAGGACUUACGGUCCUUAUUUAGUUCGAGUGAAUUGACGCAGGUAUUUACUCGUAUUAUACAAUAUCCUUGGUCUAUAACGGUACAUCUACGAUUAUAUUUAAUACGCAUAUCAGAAACCUGUAUCUGUUAAAUGUUAAUUCAACAAGGUUCUAAUUAUACUGAAGUUCCUGUGACAAUUGUAAAAUAAAUACCCCAAUUUCUAUUUGAAAAAUUACACAAAUAUCAUGCAUGUAUUACAUACGAAAUAAUUGUUCUAGUGAACAAUGACGUCUGCCAUUGGUGCUAAAAAAAUUAUUGUCAAAGUUUUUUUUAUCUGAGAUUAACACACACGCAAUAUUACCGUGUCCAGCUGUAAUUGAUUUCUCACUUGCAACGUACCACAAUGUAAAAAGGAUAAGACGUAAAUGAUACUAAUUGUCAGGUGCGGUCAUUUCCCGCCUUUAAUUAGUUAUAGCUUGGAAAGGUAUAUCUUGACCAGGUUCUUCUUCUUCUUCUUCUAAUAUUAUCCGUCCGGGUAUCAACUCCCAACUCUAGUAUUGGGAUCUUCCGUUAAUUAAAAAAGGCUGCAACUAAAGUCACUAAAUAACAAAUUAAACAGUAUUAAUUGAAUAAUUAAGCAAUUCAUAAAAAAAUAUAUACAGAUACAUGCACUUGAACAAGCUGUACCAACUGUUAUAGAUCCAUUAUUAAAACAGCAUGAAUACAAAUAAUAACUCAUAAUGGGUUAUUCACUUGUUCGUUUGGAAACUUCUUAAUGCACAGAUUAGAUAACCAAAACACUAUACGAUAUGAAUUAUUUUAUGAACUUGGCAUUAGUUAAUCUUAUAUUUGAUUAUGCACAAAGUUGCUAAUUCAGAUAGUUUAGCACUAUAAAGACUCAUUGAACAAAACAUUCGAUCAUCUAAACGUUUCACGAAGUCGGAUAUGUUUGAACUGAUAUAGAUUUUUCCCACCGUUAUAUUAUGGCACAAGCGUUGUUGGGGUUGGUAGUGUUUCGCUUUCGUCGGUUAACAUAUAAUGACACGGAAUUCAUGUGAUUAGACUUUGCUCAUUAUUUACAUAUUUUCUUUACAUAUGGUUGAUGUUUUUAUUGCUUGAUAUUAGCAGAUAAGGACACUAGCAUACAAUUUUAGGGGAAAAGGGUUAGUUACUUUUGUUCUUCUCAGGUUUAUUAUUUUAAAGAAUUUUUACAUAUAAAAUAUACAAGCUUAAAUCAUUAUGCAGCUUA